CAGCUUUUUCGCAUAGCUUGUGAGAACGUCAGACAGCACGGUUUGAAUCGAAAGAUCUUUGUUUGCACUGUCCGUCCGAGAUCAGUGUGGUGGACUGGUGAAAAUUCUAAGAUUGAAGAAAAUUAAAAAGUUGUUACCAAAAAGACGGGAUCUAAUCUCGCAAACACAUAUUAUACAAUACGGAAUUGUUCAGUUAAUUGCAUUGUGAUACAUAGAAAAUUUUAAGUAGAAUAAGUGUGUUAGAGCUGUUACGUAACUAUCAGAGUUUCAAAUUUUCCUUCGUGGUGUAGCAAUAGUGAAAACGCCUUUCACUCGCUGGAAAACUUCUAUUAAGAAAAAUAAGUGAGAUAAUAGAAAGGAAAGUGAAUUUUAGCUGAUCGCGCCUAAUUUAGUUGCAGAUAAAGAUGACUUCGAUCAACGUAGACAAAUAUAAACUGUCUGACAAAACAGCCAGGCUCACAGCAAAAGAUAUUAUUCCGGUAGUUCAAUCGUCGGAUUCCGCCGAAACGCGCGAGUUUUUGCAAAAAGUAGCAGAACUCUUGAUCGAUUACGUUAAUAUCCAAAACGAUAGAAAUGAGAAAAUUCUCGACUUCCAUCACCCAGAGGAUAUGAAAAAGCUCCUUAAACUAGACGUGUCUGAUGAUCCAGUUACGCUACAACAGCUGAUAAGAGAUUGUGCCAUUACACUCAAAUAUCAGGUGAAAACGGGUCAUCCGCACUUCUUCAACCAGCUCUCUUGUGGCUUAGACGUAGUCUCGAUGGCAGGAGAGUGGCUUACGGCAACUGCCAACACCAACAUGUUCACGUAUGAGAUUGCACCGGUGUUCAUUCUGAUGGAAAAUGUGGUUUUGACCAAAAUGCGGGAAAUCAUUGGAUGGCAGGGUGGUGAUUCGAUUCUUGCUCCUGGAGGUUCCAUUUCAAAUUUGUACGCCUUCCUGGCCGCCCGGCAUAAGAUGUUUCCUCGAUACAAAGAACAUGGAUCCCGUGGCCUACCCGGCGAUUUGGUGAUGUUUACGUCAGACCAGUGCCACUAUUCCAUAAAAUCGUGUGCAUCAGUUUGUGGCCUUGGAACGGAGAACUGUGUAAUGGUACCGUCGGACGAUCAUGGAAGGAUUAUUCCAACUGAGCUGGAACGACUGAUUCUGGAACGGAAGGCACGCGGCCAAAUUCCAUUCUUUGUCAAUGCCACAGCAGGAACAACUGUGCUAGGUGCAUUUGACCCAAUCAACGCUAUAGCCGACAUAUGUGAAAAGUACAACUGCUGGUUCCACAUUGAUGCUGCAUGGGGUGGUGGCUUAUUGUUGUCCAAGAAGUACCGCCAUCCAAGAUUAUCCGGAGUUGAACGGGCGGACUCUGUAACGUGGAAUCCUCACAAACUGAUGGGUGCAUUACUUCAGUGUUCAUCGAUCCAUUUCAAGGAGGAUGGACUUUUGAUCAGCUGUAAUCAAAUGUCGGCCGAAUAUCUGUUCAUGACCGACAAACUGUACGACAUCAGCUACGACACUGGAGACAAAGUUAUUCAAUGCGGGCGACACAACGACAUCUUCAAACUGUGGCUUCAGUGGAGAUCAAAGGGAACCGAUGGCUUCGAGAAGCAAAUGGAUCACCUAAUGGAACUGACGGAGUACGAAGUUAGACGGAUCAAGGAACAAUCAGAUAAGUUCUAUCUGAUCAUGGAACCGGAGUGUGUAAACGUGUCCUUCUGGUAUAUUCCGAAGCGACUACGCGGUGUUCCUCACAACGCCAAAAGAGAGCAAGAAUUGGGGAAAAUCUGCCCCAUUAUCAAAUCUCGCAUGAUGCAGUCUGGCACGCUGAUGGUCGGCUAUCAGCCUGACGAUCGACGUCCAAAUUUUUUCCGAUCAAUAAUUUCUUCGAUAGCGGUUACCAAAGCCGAUGUCGAUUUCAUGCUUAACGAAAUUGACCGUCUGGGUCAGGAUCUGUAAAUUGUUGGAUACGUAAAUUAGAGAAAAAAACAACGCAAAGAUAAUUUUAACUGCCUAGGCAAUCCGUUUGGCCGGAAGUUUGUUGGGAGAGCAUUUAACAACCAAGGAGUAUCAGUUGUAAUGACAUAUCAAUGAAUAUUACAGUAUUUAAAAAAAUAUCAUUUGCUAAACUAAGUAUAACUUUUGCCAUGUUACCAUCAAAUCUUAUUGUUUCCACUCAAAGAGAGAAGUAUAUUUGUGAACAAUUAAAUGCUGUUAAGUUUAAAUCACCUUGAAAAAAGAUGUGGAAGAUGUAAUAUUUGCAAUUCAAAUACUACCUGUUAUAUUUGUGCAAUAGUUAUGUUAUCUAUUAACUUAAAUUCCGAAUUGCCAUCAAUCUUCAUCAAAUUCAAAGCAGUAGUUUUAAACAUUUGUUCAAAAUAAAAAAAAAACAUGGGAAACGAAAUUCACGAAACAGAUUACAAUUAAAUAUAAUAAAAGAUAUUUACUGAAAUGGAUUGUUUCAAAUCGUUGAUUGCAGAAAGGAUUAUAUAUACAAAAUAUGUAUACAUAUACAAAAUAUGCAUUCUCCCAUCAUAUAUAUACAUGUUCAUCCUGUUUCACAAUUGAGUACUGGUGACAGAAAUAAAUGUACCUUACAAAUACCUAUUACGUUAAUUUAAUAAGAUUCGCAACGUAUAACUUCAGUUACCAAUAGUUUCCACACUAGUCCAUUUAGGAAAAUUAGCAAAUGAACAUUUUGUCAAUGUGUAGUGUGCAAUAAAAUACCAUUAGAAACCGAUGAUUACCAUAGUCAUUAGUUGACGUGAGUAUAGCUGUAUCAUAAGAUAGUUUAAUAUAUUUUUGUUCAAUGUUACUUUGCCUAUGCUCAAGGUUACGUUGUGAGAUAUGUAUAUAUACGCACCUUAAAAAUACACGAACAGAUUGCUUUAAUCCAUUGUCUUCCAAUAUCCGAGAAGAUUUGGAAAACAAACGCGACUGACUGAAUGACUAAAAUUACGUCAGCAACUCCCAAGAUAGGCUCAAGCAUUAAGUUUCAAACAAUGAAACAAAUACUAAUGAGCUUGUUUUAAACGAGUUUUACCAAAGUUCCCUUGCUUUCUAGUUACUAUUCGGAAAUUACUACUUAGUUUAGAUUAAAUUUUGUUAUCCUUAGAGAAAAGAGCCUAGUGACUGACACAAAGUGUGAUUCAUUCUAGAUUUAAUAAAGCAAAAGUGCUUGAAUAUUUACAUUUUCCACAGUUAUGUUGGAUCUUGCAGAGGAUCUAUUGGACAGCUGGUACUUUAUUUUCCUAUGCGCUUACAUCGAUACACAUGAGCUAGUAAAGUUAAAAAUAACAAGAACAUAAAAGAAAGCGACAAAUUCACAAAGUCUUCCUUCGAACAAAAUGUUAAUUAAUACAUGAUUCGCGAUCACUCUCAGAUACCGUUGAUCUUGGUGGAUUAGAGUCAUGUUAAUCAAUCCGCCCGAUAGUUUCGUCAAGUGCUAUUGAAAUAGUUCUGGUUCACCAUUAUGUAUAUUUCAUCUGGAGAGUGACGGGAAUCCGCAUAAAUCACGUAUUUUACGAACACAGUAAGAGAAAAUCACAUACAUUAGUUGCUUGAUUUGUUGACUAGACAAAAUAAUUUUCUUGGUAACGGAACCACUGAGAUCGAUUAUCAAUUAUACUUAAAGACAAAGAUGUAAUCUAAUCAUUAAUCAUAAUCCUAACGAAAGCGUCUCCCAAACAUAUGUAAACUGCAUGGCGAAAGCAUACGCUAAUUUUAGCAACUUGAAGACACAUCAUGAAAACAAACGAGAAAUCAAACGUAAAUUAUGUAUAUGAAACCUUUGUCAUGAUGCAGAAGUCGAAAACUAACAUGAAACUAUUGGAAGACUCAAUAAUAUAGACUAUUAUAUAAACUGAACACAAUGUAUGUUAUGUGUUGUUACAGUGACCGAAAAUUAUAGAAAGCAAAUUUAAAUCUGAAAAAAUAAAAAUAUAUAUGUAAUCAAAAUAAA